GGAGAGUUGAUUAACAUUAAUAAUACUUUAAAUUGUACAUCCACCUAUAAUAAAAGGAGUGAACAUAUGGAACCAAACACAAGUACACAACCAUAUUUGUACCCUAGCCGCCGGUUGCAACGAGCCGACGCAAUCACAGCCUGAGCAAGUCCUCGUAGCAAAGCCAUGGACUGCCACCGAAACGAAUCCCAGAGAGAACUGGAAAUGGGCACAAAGCCUCACUUCGUGGUCAUCCCAUGGCUGGCCACCAGCCACAUGAUACCCAUCGUCGACAUCGCCUGCCUCCUCGCCGCGCACGGCGCCGCGGUCACCGUCAUCACGACGCCGGCCAACGCGCAGCUCGUCCAGAGCCGCGUAGACCGUGCCGGCGACCAGGGCGCUUCCAGGAUCACGGUCACCACGAUCCCUUUCCCGGCCGCCGAGGCCGGGCUACCGGAGGGGUGCGAGAGGGUGGACCACGUCCCCUCGCCGGACAUGGUGCCGAGCUUCUUCGACGCCGCCAUGCAGUUCGGCGACGCAGUGGCGCAGCACUGCCGGCGCCUCACGGGGCCGCGCCGGCUGAGCUGCCUCAUCGCCGGGAUAUCUCACACGUGGGCGCACGUCCUGGCGCGCGAGCUCGGCGCUCCGUGCUUCAUCUUCCACGGUUUCUGCGCGUUCUCCCUGCUCUGCUGCGAGUACCUGCACGCGCACAGGCCGCACGAGGCGGUCUCCUCGCCGGACGAGCUCUUUGACGUCCCUGUCCUGCCGCCUUUCGAGUGCAGGCUCACGAGGCGGCAGCUGCCGCUGCAGUUCCUGCCGUCCUGCCCCGUGGAGUACAGGAUGAGAGAAUUCCGGGAGUUCGAGCUGGCCGCGGACGGCAUCGUGGUGAACAGCUUCGAAGAGCUCGAGCGUGACUCCGCCGCUCGCCUCGCCGCGGCCACAGGCAAGAAGGUGUUCGCUGUCGGCCCCGUCUCGCUGUGCUGUUCCCCUGCUCUCGACGACCCGCGCGCCGCCUCGCACGAUGACGCGAAGCGGUGCAUGGCGUGGCUGGACGCCAAGAAGGCCAGGUCCGUGCUGUACGUGAGCUUCGGCAGCGCCGGGCGCAUGCCACCCGCGCAGCUCAUGCAGCUCGGCGUGGCGCUCGUGUCGUGCCCAUGGCCCGUCCUCUGGGUCAUCAAGGGCGCCGGCUCGCUCCCUGGCGACGUCAAGGAGUGGCUAUGUGAGAACACCGACGCCGACGGCGUGGCGGACAGCCAGUGCCUCGCGGUGCGUGGGUGGGCGCCGCAGGUAGCCAUCCUGUCGCACCGGGCCGUCGGCGGCUUCGUGACGCACUGCGGGUGGGGCUCGACGCUGGAGAGCGUCGCCGCAGGCGUGCCCAUGGCGGCGUGGCCGUUCACCGCGGAGCAGUUCGUGAACGAGAAGCUGAUCGUGGACGUGCUUGGGAUCGGCGUGUCCAUCGGCGUGACGAAGCCCACCGGCGGCAUGCUAACCGCCGGUGGCGGGGGCGGCGAGGAGACGGCAGAGGUCGGAACGGAGCAGGUGAAGAGGGCCUUGAACAGUCUCAUGGACGGAGGAGUCGAAGGAGAAGAGAGGGCGAAGAAAGUUCACGAGCUCAAGGCCAAGGCUCACGCUGCUUUGGAGAAGGAGGGGUCAUCCUACAUGAAUCUGGAGAAGUUGAUCUUAUCUGCGGUUUGAAAUUUGAUCGGUUUGCGUUAUCAUAUCAUCUCAUUUUCUGAAUAAAUUCCUGUAUUUGAUGAUUGAACUAUUGAUGUACUCGGGAUAUUGGUUUCUUGUUGAACCGUGGUAUUGUGCGUUUCCAUGCGCAAAGGAUUGGAAAAGGGAAGAUAAAUUCUAUACUUAUAGUGAUCACAUAUUUUUUGCA